AUGAAAUCAUAGCCAUUACAGCAAAUCAGCCUUAAUACAAAGCAUUAGAAAAAAAAGAGUAUUAAUGGUAGAAAUAUUUAUGAAAUUGGAGGAACUUAAUUUGUUGUUGAUGAUCGAUACGAAUGUCAAAAAUAGAUUGGACAUGGAGCAUAUGGUGUAGUCUGCUCUGGUGUCGAUUUAGUUAAAAAUAAAAAGGUUGCUAUAAAAAAGAUAUAAAAUGCUUUUGAAGACCUGAUCGAUGCAAAGAGAAUUGUUAGAGAAAUUAAGUUACUUUAAUUUUUUUAACACGAAAAUAUUAUUGGUUUAGUGGACAUCCUAAAACCAGAAACAAAGACUGGUUAUAAUGAUAUUUAUAUCGUUACUGAGUUAAUGGAAACAGAUUUACAUAGAGUUAUAUAUUCUAGAUAAGAUUUAACUGAGGAACAUAUUCAAUAUUUUAUGUAUCAAACUCUGAGAGGGUUGUUAUAUAUUCACUCAGCUAAUGUCAUGCAUAGAGAUUUAAAACCAAGCAAUAUAUUAGUCAAUAAAAAUUGUGAUUUAAAAAUUUGUGAUUUGGGCUUGGCUAGAGGUUUCGAAAUCGAGGAUGAAAAUAAAACAGAAUAUGUAGUAACAAGAUGGUAUAGAGCACCCGAAGUAAUUCUUUAGGCAUCAGAAUACACUAAGGCAAUCGAUAUUUGGAGCGUUGGAUGCAUAUUUGCUGAACUUCUUGGCAGAACUCCUUUAUUUCCUGGAAAAGACUAUUUAGAGUAGAUAUAAAGGAUAAUCGCAGUUUUGGGCACACCUUCAAAUGAAGAAAUGAAAUAUAUUACGAAUGAAGGAGCCAUCAAAUAUAUUAAAUCUUUGCCAAAAAGAACUAAAUAAAAUUUUAAUCAAUUAUUUUAAAAAGUGAAUCCAACUUGCUUAGAUUUGCUUUCUAAAAUGUUAACUUUUAGUCCUUUUUAAAGAUAUACAGUGGAACAGUGUUUGAGCCAUCCCUAUUUUGAAGGAUUGCAUUCGAAGGAAGACGAACCUAGGUGCAAUUCAUAUUUUGAUUGGGCUUGGGACAAAAUGGAAUUGAAAAAAGAGAUUUUAUAACAAACUGUUUAUGAUGAAGCAAAUUAAUGGCAGUAGAAGAAUAAAGCGAAUUAUAAAAAAUUCUGA